AUGGCACCUCUGACCAAGUUGCUCACUCUCUUACCUUUACUUGCAAGUACUAUCACCGUACAAGCUGCCAACAAAGAUGAUUGGAGAUCCAGAUCAAUCUAUCAAUUGAUCACCGAUCGUUUCGCUGGUGGUGGACAAUGUGAUCUAGGAUCAAGAUCAUACUGUGGUGGUACAUGGCGUUCUACGAUUGAUAAACUCGAUUAUAUCCAGGGAAUGGGAUUUGACGCUGUGUGGAUCUCACCUACUGCUUUGGGUAUCGAGGGUUAUACAAAGUAUGGGGAAAAUUACCAUGGAUACUGGACCGUUGAUCCCACCCAGCUCAAUCCUCAUUUCGGUACCGCCGAUGAUCUCAAGGCAUUAUCUUCCGCUCUUCAUUCUAAGGGAAUGUACCUGAUGGUCGAUAUCGCCAUCAACGCUUUGGCAGCUACAAACUACCAUAUUGACGCUCAGACCCUCUCUACGGUCAACGACGGCAAGAUGCUUUUCAAAGAUCCAGCAAAUUACCACGAAAGAUGUAGUAUCAAAUGGGGAGAUCACGAUUCAGAGCAGAAGUGUUGGCUUGUCACUGGAGGAGACGAUAAUGAUGUUGCUCUAUUGGAUUUAGCAACCGAGACUCCAGCUGUAGCUGACAAGUUGAAAUCAUGGGUUGGAGGAUAUGUGAAAGAAUAUGGUAUAGAUGGAUUCAGAAUCGACGCCUCGAAACAUUUGAGCAAAGAGUUCCAACAUGAUUUCUGUACUUCGGCGGGUAUUUUUUGUAUUGGUGAAGUAGCUGGUGAUAGUACUGAAUACGCCGCCACUUACCAAGGAACCGAUGGUAUCGACUCCGUAUUCGGUUUCGGUAUGCUAUAUGGUGCCGCGGCAGUCUUCGGUGGUGGUAAAACCAUGGGAACUCUUCAACACUACAUCAACGCAGCUGCCACUUCAUACUCUGAUCCUACCGUUAUCGGCUCCUUCCUCGAUAAUCAAGAUUUACCUCGAUUCAACUCACGAACCGGUGACAGAUCAUUGGUUUACAACGCUAUAGUCGGAUCAUUCAUGUACGGUGGUAUACCCACUGUAUACUAUGGGUUGGAACAAGAUAUUGCCGAUGGUCCAUAUGAUCCAAAUAACCGAGAAGCACUUUGGAACUACAACAAUUACGCUACAAACGGUGACACAUACAAGAAUAUCACUACGUUGAACAAGAUCAGGAAAUUCCUCAGUACAAAAGGCGAAUUCCUAAAUUCCGUUGGUACAGUACUUAAGAUUCAGGAUAAUGAUAUUGCGCUGCAAAGGGAGGAUGCUCUGAUUGUCUUGACCAACCGAGGAUCAGGAGGUUCGGGUACUUGGUCGAUUGGUGGUACCAAGUUUGGUAACAAUGCUGAUGUGGUCGAUUUGCUCUCAUGUGACAAAGCCAAGACAGAUGGGAAUGGUGCUUUAUCCGUUACCUGGUCAACUGGUCAACCUUUCGUCUGGGUAUCAUCUCGAAUCGCCGCCGAAGGAGGAUUCUGCGGAGCCACUGCGACAACCUCACCUGCACCAGGUAACAAUCUCGCUGCUGAACCUACCUCUUCCUCUACUUCCGUUGAUGGCGGAGAAGUUACAGACAUCGUCGAACCUCCCUCAAGUACCAGUUCCGACACUCAACCUCAAGUGACUAACACUUCAGGUACUGCUUCUGGCUCAGCAACAAUCUCAUCUCCUGAUACUGCCGCGUCUACUUCUUCCGCAUCGGCUUCUGCUUCCUCUUCUGCUUCUGCCAGCCCAGUUGACAGCGGUAAUGGGAAUGCGUCCAGUGGAGCAUGUAAGAGAUCAAGAAAGAGAAUGGCAGGUACAGCUGGUAAGCGUCGGUCUGUUACUUGA